GUAGCGCGUUCAUUCCACCGCUGUCAAUCGAACGAGGGCGUCAUCUUCUAGCGGCAGGCUCACCUUUCUCCCUCGCCCUCCGCCGCCAUGGGCGGCGCAACGCGCCUAAUUACCCUCCUAGCCGUACCAUUUCCGCCGCUCCGCCCAUCGCUUCGCCACUUCCGCGUCUGCGUCUCCACUAUCUCCUCCUCUUCCAUCCGCUCCCUCUCUUUCUCCUCAAAUUGUAAAGCCAAGUCUCGCGGUUUUCUACUCGUCAAAUCGUUUCAUUCUCAACCGAAUAACUACUCGUACGGACUCGAAUCCUCUGCCGCUCAGAAGCAGCAUCAAUCUGUUCAUCCAUGGCCGGAGUGGUGCAAUUUUCUACAAAUCGUAUCGAAUAGGCAGGACUCGUAUGGUCCGGAGGUCGUUGAGAUUCCUCCAGAGGACGCCUUCCUGGUUUAUGAGCAAUUGCCGGAUGACUUUGUCCGUGCUGCCGCUUCCUGCUUGUCUUUCGCUAGGGCUCGACCGAAUCUUCUCGGAUUGCUUUCAAGGAGGGACAUUGAAGCAGUUGUAUCGAAUGGAACUCCAUUUUUGUUCAAAAGUGCGCUCGACACUGCAAGGAGGAUGAGAUCUUUCGUGGAAUCCGACGGAAAUAAUGUUUCGGGAAUCAGUAUAGGGAAUACCGUCGACCUAAUGAAAUAUAUACUGAGCUAUGCAAGCAAUCCCACGGUUUCUUCCGAAAGAAAUGGGCUGUACAGUAGAGAACUUGUUGACUCGUCUGUUCGGAAUUUGCUGCAUGAAUUGAGUGCAAUAAGUCAUGGAGCUUCGGCAGGAUACAUGGGUACUUCGCAACAUCAUCAGGCUCAAGGUGGACAAGGUGCAGUACCCCCCUAUGGACAAAAUAUUGUGAUGAAAAGAGGCGACUGGAUAUGUCCAAAAUGUAAGUUUAUGAACUUUGCAAGAAACAUGAAGUGCCUCGAAUGUGAAGGACCCAGACCGAAGAAACAGCUAACUGGUGGGGAGUGGGAAUGCCCUCAAUGCAAUUUUUUUAACUACGGGAGGAAUACAGUUUGCUUAAGAUGCGACUCCAGAAAACCCGGCGCACCUUUGUUUAAUGCCACGAAUGUCAGAUCAGGUUUUGAGUAUAAUGGCGAAUCAAAUUACAGAACAUCACUCGAGAAUACAACGGCAAACCAAUCUCCUAAUCUGGUUGAGAAUUCUCAGUUCCCGAGUAAUCCAGCAAGCAACGAAGAAGCGCAAGCUGAAAAGCCAGAGCCGCAGAAAUGGUUCAAGAAAAUGGUGGAACUGCACGAAUCAAAAGAUUCGGCAAAAGAAAUUGCAGACGACAACUUCCCUGCAAUGCCGAUGCGCAAGGGAGAAAAUCAGUUCGUGGUCAGCAAGAACGAGAAUCGAUCACUGUCUUCUCCCAAGUACAAAAGACAGGCAGCCAUGGAUCAGGUCAGCAACACUAAUUUCGUCCCCUUCGUCCCGUUCCCGCCCGGAUACUUCGCCAGAAAAGAUUCCGAGACGCCCCACAGCCCCGAACCACCACCACCACCACCAACAGAAAAAAGCGGCCAGCAAAUGCGCGCAGCCAAUUCACAACCCUUGGAUGAGAUUGGUGGAAGUCAAGAAGGCCGUCAGACCAGACCGAGCCUGGAGGGAUCAGGUGUGACGGAACCCGACCCUCUGGACAUGUCGGAGGAAGCCAAGGCGGAGAGAUGGUUCAAACGGGUGGCGCAGAUAAAAGACAUCUCGGAACUUAGCGAGAUACCGGACGAAGACUUCCCGUCGAUAAUGCCGAUGCGGAAGGGCGUGAACCGAUUCGUUGUGAGCAAGAGGAAGACCCCCCUGGAGAGGAGGCUGACUUCCCAACAGCAUCGGAGAAAUCUUCCCAUUGAAAGAACUGAUCCUCCUCUCAAGAGGGAAGGUAACAAUAGCUAAAAUUUUUUGGUUAUUAUUAUUAUUAUUAUUAUUGUUGUCUUUGAAAAUGAUAUUAUUGAAAUUGCUUUCUGGUACGGGUCAAAACAGAGGAACCUCCCUGCCUUAUUUGUUUGUGUAUAUGCCUUUGCAUGUCAGUGAAAGUAGUUGACAUUUUGUA